AUGGGGUACAGCCCAAAGUUAGGUUCCCCAGCCACUGCUACUCCCAGCCGCCUUAUCCUACCCUACCUGUUUCCUGAGCUAUCCUCCUUUGCCACAGCUGAGGACCUCAUAGCUCACCUUCGCGCUAGUGACCUACGCUACCGCGCCGCGCUCCUAGCCGAGUUCUUAGACAAGAACCCUCCCCCGAUGUACAUCACACUCUACUUCGUAGUCACCAGACUCCUUGACUCUCUUCGCGUAGUCAGGGACCACUUUCUAGCCCUUCCCCCCACCAACCUCACAGUCGACAACCUCGAGACGCACCUCCUUGCAGCUGAGUCCAACAUCGUUGCUGUAGGUGCUGCUCGUGGCACUCCCUGCACUCCCCUCUUUAAGGGGUGUGCCCCCUCCCCCCUUGCCCCCUCCCACGCCUCUGCUGCUGCUGUUGACUUCCUUGGUGAUGAGGAGGUUGGUGCCGCUUCUGCCCCUAGUGGGAAGCGCCGCCGCGGCAAGGGCAGGGGAGGCGAGGGUGGCAGCGGUGGCAGCAGGGGGGGUGGUGGUGGGAGUGGAGGUGUCGGUGGCAGUGGUGGCGGCAGCGGUGGGCGUAGUGGUGGUGGAGGUGGCGGUGGUGGGAGCGGUGGCGAUGGCGGCGGCAGCGGCAGUGGUGGCGGCGGUGGGAGUGGUGGUACCGGCUGUGGUGGCGGCGGUGGUGGCGGACGUGGUGGAGCAGUUCAGCGGGGAGGUUCUGGUGGUGGCCAGCGCCAGCAGCAGCAGUGUCCACCUGAGCCCCUCACGCCCCAGCAGCUUCGUGAGUGGUACGCUCAGCGUGGGGCGUCUGGGGGUAGUGCUCGCUGCCCGUACGUCAUUCGCACUGGGGACCGCGGUGUGGAGCUCCCCCGCUGGGGGGACCUGCUUAAGCACGAUAUUGAUAUCUAUGCUCUUGACUUUGAUGCUAUCCUUGCUGCUAUGCAUGCAUUGAGUGUUAGCGGUGAUGGGGACUGUUACUUGUGUAUUCCACCAGACCCAGGUAUAGAGUCUGCUGCUCUAGGUGCUAGUGAGUCUGCUCUCUCUAGUACUGCGCCUGCUGAGGCCUUGUACACCUUCACGCUUGACUCAGGUGCUUCUCGCUGCUUCUUUCGCGACAAUACCACUCUCACACCACUCACCAGGCCUGUUGCAGUCUCCUUGGCUGACCCCUCUGGGGGCCCGGUUCUUGCACGCUCCUCUACUGUGCUCCCGUGCCCGGCCGUUGCGUCUGGUUGUCUGUCCGGUCUCCACCUCCCCUCGUUCUCAACGAACUUGCUCCGCGAGCGGUUCCGGACGGACCUUCCUGUCCUGCGUCUGCACUCUGACAGAGGUGGUGAGUUCUUCUCCGACCUCUUGCGGGACUUUUGUCAGGGGGAGGGCAUCCUCCAGUCGUUCACGCUUCCGGCCUCUCUACAGCAGAAUGGGGUUGCUGAGCGCCGCAUUGGCUUAGUCAUGGAGGUCGCUCGUACUUCCAUGAUCCAUGCGGUUGCUCCCCAUUUUCUGUGGCCGUUUGCGGUCCGGUACGCUGCGCAUCAGCUCAACCUCUUGCCCCGUGUCUCCUUGCCGGAGAUCUCGCUCACAUUGCGUUGGAUGGGGGAGGUUGGCGAUGCGUCGCGGUUCCGGGUCUGGGGCUCUCGUGCCUUUGUCCGCGAUACCACCGCGGACAAGCUCUCCGCUCGCGCCAUUCCCUGCGUCAUCCUUGGCUUUCCUACUAACGCGCCUGGCUGGCAGUCUUACCACCCCACCUCGCGACGGGUUUUUCCCUCUCAGGACGUCACUUUUGAUGAGUCGGUUCCCUUUUACCGUCUCUUCCCCUACCGCAUGCUUCUCCCCUGCCACCGCCGCUCUUCCUCGCUCCAGCCUGUCGAGGUCACUGGUGACUCGGGUGCUGCUGGGAGGGGUGAGUCUGAGUGUGCAGAGCCUGGGGGUGUUGAGCUUGUGCGUACGGAGCCUGGGGGUGCUGAGCCUACGACUGCGGAGCCUGGGGGUGCUGAGCCUGCGAGCGCGGAGCCUGGGGGUGCUGAGCCUGCAACUGCGGAGCCUGGGGGUGCUGAGCCUGCGAAUGCGGAGCCUGGGGGUGCUGAGCCUGAGCGUGCGGAGCCUGGUAGUGCUGAUUCUGGGGGUGUUGCGCCUUGGGGUACUGCGUCUCCACUCCGAGAGCCUCUCUCACCACAGCAGCUGCGCGAGUGGUACGCUCGCCGCUGUCGCCUUCAGAGUGACGCAGCUGGAGCUGGAGGCACUGGAGCUGGAGACGCUGGUGCUGGAGGUACCGGAGGAGCUGGAGCUCUUGGUCCUGGAGGUGCUCGUAUUGGAGAUACUAGAGCUGCCAUGGCUGGUGGAGCUCGUUGUGGAGACGUUGACGCUGGAGGUGCUGGAGCUGGAGGAGCUGGAGCUGGGGAUCUUGGUGGUGGCGACGUUGGAGUUGGAGACGCUGGAGCUGGAGGUACUGGUGCUAGCGGCGCUGGAGCUGGAGAGCAUCGUGAGCCUGCGUCUCGUCCUGCCUCCCCUGUUCGCACUGUUCGCCGUGCUCGUCGUGUCCCGCGUCCGCGUCCUCCUCCUGUGCUUAGCACUCACACUAUGGCACUUCGUCCUUCCUCUGUACCCCAGCGCGUCCCUCUGCUGUCUCCUCCUGCGUCCUCUCUUCCUGAGAUUCCUGACCCUGAGUCUGACCGUGUUCGUGCUGCUAGCCCCACAGUCACGCGUCUCCUGGCUACUGUUGUCACUGACCCUUCGUUUGAGUCCACUGCUACGUGUGCCUUAGUUGCUGAGCUUGUUAACUUUGCUGCUGCGUGUCGUCUAGACUACGCCGCCAGUCUUGUUGCUGCGUCUGAGUCUGAGGCUGGGUUUGUCUGUCCUCCGUCCGUCGGGGGUGAGUGUGCUCUUGGCACGGACAUCCUUGAGGACAGGCAGGAGGACUUUGAGUGUCUUGCGGCUGUUGUACCUCAUCUCGUGGCCUGGCUGCUUGCCCCUGAGGGAGACCCGGAUGCACUAGACAUCCCGAACCCGCGCUCUUACGCAGAGGCGAUUUCGGGUCCCUACUCCUCUCAGUGGCAGACAGCCAUGGACGCCGAGAUGGCAUCCUGGAAGUCCACAGGAGAGAAAAAAAAAGGAGUAAAUCGAAAAAAGGAGUGA